AUGGAUCUUUCCGCCGCAAGCGCCCUCGCCGUCCUCAGCAAGCUGCAGCUCCUCGGCUUCUGCGUCGGCCUCCAGAUCCCCGACGACGCCGCCGACCCCUCCGAGGUGUUCGACACCAUCCUCGCCGCGUUCCUGGGCGAGGUCUACCCCGGCGAGCGCGAUGCGCGCCCGCUCCCGGCCGCCCUCGGCGACGGGCGCCGCGUGGACCUCCUCCGCCUCUUCACCGCCGUCCGCGCCGCCGGCGGCUACGCCGUGGUCUCGUCGCCCUCUGCCGGCGUCUGGGCCGCAGCCGCCGGAUCCGCGGCCCUCGCCGCGCCCGUCAAGCUGAUCUAUGCCAAGUACCUCGGCGCGCUGGAGCGCUGGAUCCAGAGGCUCCCGGAGGCACAACCACCGCCGUCUGACGAGAUGCGGCAGGAGCUGCUGCUCUGCGUCCGCGGUGCCAAUGGAGUUGAGAUGGAGGAGCCGUCCAUGGACUGCAAUGGGCAGCAUGGCGCGCUCAAGAGGAAGAGGGAAGACAUUGCUGGGAUGCUGGAUUGGGUGAGGGGGCUCGCCGAGAGUGUCUCGGAGGAGGGCGCCAUCGCCGCCGGGUUGGCGGAUGGAUACUUCCCGGUGGCAUUGGCGGCGCGGGAGGCGGUGUCCAGGAAGAGGGCACGCCGCGCAAGCGUGACCAACGGCGCGCUCUCGCAGGAAACUGGUUGCAGGUGCUGCAGGAGUACCACCUGUGCCAGAAUUGGUGUUCAAUGCAGCAAAAUUGUUCAACAACCUGGUUCGGAUACUAAUAAUCUAACAAGAGUUGUUGAUGUGAAUGGAUCCUCGACGGUCAUAGAACAGGCGAGCAGUGUGAACGGACAAUUGAAGCAUUCUAAAAGUCAGCAGAGGAACAAACUACUAGUGGGCUCCAAUUAUCAAGCAGUGGUGCCACAGUGGACUGGCUUUCCGCCUGAAAAUUACGGCGAUCCGGAAACCCUCAAAUGGCUGGGCACAAACAUCUGGCCUCCAGAAAAUGAGAACAAAAUAACCCGAACUUACCAUGACCCUAUUGGCAAAGGCAGAGAAUAUGUUUGCAGCUGCAACGUCCCGCGAUCAGUAGAAUGUGUCAGGUUUCACAUUGCAGAAAGGCGGCUGCAGCUGAGACGUGAACUCGGCCCUGCUUUCUACCAGUGGGGAUUUGACCAUAUGGGCGAGGAGGUUGCCCUUUCUUGGACGGAUGAAGAGGAGGCAAGUUUCAAGGCUGUAAUGCAGACCUAUGCGCCAUCUCCAGCAAGGAAUUUAUGGAACCAUCUUCAGUCAUCCUUCCGCUGGAAGCCGAGGAAAGAACUUGUGAGCUAUUAUUUUAAUUGUUUUCUGCUUAGGCGGAGGUGUUACCAGAAUAGGACCGCACCAAAGAAGAUAGAUAGUGAUGACGAGGAAGAGACAGAGUUUAGGUUUUUGGGAAACCGUAUGGGACAAAGUGCAACCAAGUAUGACAGCACCAAGCGCACCGUUUGCAUUCAGAGUACUCACUGCAUGGAUCUGGAUGAUGAGUAG